CCUCGAUAGGGAACCUGAUAACAGAAAAAUUUCCCAGCGGGCGCAUUUCUAGACGGGAGCUGUCGGCAUAAGUCUCUGUCCCGCGCCAGCGCGAACUCCUAGGAGUACAAGUAUCAGAAUUUCUUCUGAAUAGGCGAGGCGAGGGCAGAAUCAGAAACAGCUCCCAUGGCGCAAACAGCGACGUCGAGCCUCCCGGCUCUCCUCAAUAGCUUGGCGCAAUCUUUGUCGUCUUCAUUCGAGGCCACCCCGAAGCUCUCGACGCUUGGGACGCCCAACAACGGCAUAUCGCUCCUGGACGUCAAGAACGAGUUGCUUCUCUCAUACCUCCAAAACCUCGUCUUCCUAAUCCUGUUGAAAACAAGGGCCGCCAAGAGCGGCGCAUCCAGGACUGGGCAGAGGCCCAUCGUCGAGCUCAACGAGGCCGUGGUCAAAAAGCUGGUCGAGCUGAGGCUAUAUCUCGAAAAGGGCGUCCGCCCGCUGGAGGACAAGCUGCGAUAUCAGAUCGAGAAGGUUUUGCGCGCCGUGGAUGAUGCCGAGCGGCAGGAAAACGCAGAGGCCGCCGCCGGCGCAGCGGCUGCCAAGGGCAGCAAGCGGCCCGAGGCCGAUUCCGACGCGGCGUCCGGAUCCGACGACGACAGCUGGGACGGUGAUGGAGAUGACGACGACGACUCGGCCGAGGCCCCGGGCCCCAAGAUAGCCGACCUUCAGUACCGCCCCAACCCCGCCGCCUUCGUGCGACCCCCCGGCGCCGACGACGGCGACGACGGCCCCGGCUCGCGCGGCAAGGCGGGCGGCAAGGACGGCAUCUACCGGCCGCCCAAGAUCGCGCCCACGUCCAUGCCGACGGCGGACCGGCGCGAUCGGACGGCGGACCGGCGCGGCAAGCAGCUGCGGUCGGCCACCAUGGACGAGUUCGUCAACGACGAGCUCUCUGUCGCGCCCGUGGCGCAGCCCAGCAUCGGCACUAAUAUCGCGGGCCGCGGCCGCCACGUCAAGACGGUCGCCGAGCGCCGCGACGAGGCCGAGCGCCAGGCCUACGAGGAGACGCACUUUGUGCGCCUGCAGGAGGGCAAGAAGGAGCGCGCCCGCAAGGAGAAGCUGGCCGCCGGCGGCGGGCGCAUGAACUUUGGCGGCGAGGAGUGGAGGGGCCUGGGCGAGGGCGUCGACCGCAUCAACAGGCUCGUCAGGGGCAAGGACGGCGGCGGCAGCGGCGGCCGCACCAAGGCCCUGCUCGACAAGAGUCGUAAGCGGGCGCUCGAGACGACCGACGGGCCCAGGGGGAGCGGCGCCGCCUCGGUCGAUAUCGGCGACAGGUAUCAAAAGCGCCUCAAGGUGCAGGAGCUCGGCCGUACGAGUCGGGGAAAGAAGCGCUAGGCUCGGUCCAUAUAGAUGGUCGCAGAUACCAGCACGACUUCAUUGUAUACUCUCGGGUUGACAUACCGUCGCAUCGAUUGUGAAGAUGUGGGGCCUGACCAUAAAAC